AAGAAAUAUUACACACAUACAAGAGUCCUUUCAAGAGAUACAGGGGGACAACGUGAUCAUCAACUGUAGAGGGCACCACGUUGCACCAUUACACCAGCGAAGAAGCCGUACAACGCCACAAAGGAAGAACUUCAUCGUCCAUCAUGGCAGCAGCUAUGGAUGUCGAUACGCCGAGUGGCACUAACAGCGGGGCGAGUAAGAAAAGAUUUGAAGUGAAGAAGUGGAACGCUGUGGCACUGUGGGCAUGGGACAUUGUUGUGGAUAACUGUGCUAUCUGUCGAAACCACAUCAUGGAUCUAUGCAUAGAAUGCCAGGCUAACCAAGCUUCUGCAACCUCUGAGGAGUGCACUGUAGCCUGGGGUGUUUGCAAUCACGCGUUCCACUUCCACUGUAUAUCUCGUUGGUUAAAAACCAGACAGGUGUGUCCUCUGGACAACAGAGAGUGGGAGUUUCAGAAAUAUGGACACUAGCAGACCACCUCAUCUUCACUUGCUUCAACCAACAAGAUCACUGUCUUUUUAUCCCUACCCUGCUCCUGAACCUUGUUAUUUUAUAGUAUCUACCUGUGCACACAUAAAUGCCGUCACAUUAGUUUGCUUGUGUGAGAAAACAUCAGUUCUAGGUAUUCUGAGGCUGCAUACACAAUAAAGGGCCUCCAUUACAGCAGAUUCAUAGUAGUUAAAAUAAGUCAUAGUUUCAUGAUUUCAAAUAAAAAAAAAUCUUUCUGUUGCAGUUCUUCAGGCUCAAAUUACUUAAAACAGUGUCUUCAAAUAAACUUUGAUGUACGGUAAUUGCAAUUGUUAAAUUGAUGUCCUCACAAAAUAAAUGGAUAAUCACC